AUGUCGAGUGCUGAUAGAAUUGACUUCGAAAUGGAGGUAGAAGUUGAAAGUGCCUCAUCAGGACCACCGGUUGACUUGCCUAACCCCACGUCUCCAGCUCCUUCUGCUGCUGGGAAUACUAAAAGUGUCGUAGUAACUACUGCCACUUCAGGUUCAGUUACGGUGUCAUUACAUCCAUUAGUUAUCAUGAACGUUUCGGAACAUUGGACUAGAUUAAGAGCCCAGGAAGGUUCACCCCAAACAGUGAUUGGAGCCCUUAUUGGUAAGCAAAAGGGACGAAAUAUAGAAGUCAUGAACUCGUUUGAAUUAGUAUUUAGUGUCAUUGAUGGCGAUAUUAUAAUAGAUAGAGAUUACUACAACUUAAAAGAAGAACAAUUCAAACAAGUUUUCUCUGAUAUGGACUUCUUAGGAUGGUACACAACUGGAGAUACUCCUACAGAGAAAGAUAUUGCUGUACAUCGCCAGAUCUGUGACAUAAAUGAGUGUCCAGUUAUGCUUAUGCUUAACCCAGCUGGAAGAAAAGGAGAUCAACUGCCAGUAGUGUUAUAUGAGUCAGUGAUAGAUGUAGUGAAUGGACGUGCCACCAUGCUGCUGGCUCCAUUAACAUACACUUUGGCUGCAGAAGAGGCAGAGCGGAUUGGAGUAGACCAUGUCGCUAGAGUAUCAUCUGGUGAAGCGGCACUUAACAGCUUAGUGGCAGAACACCUAACAGCUCAAAGGUCGGCCAUAAAAAUGCUAGUGUCCCGAGUGCGAGCUGUACUGGCGACGGUGCGAGCGAUACGCGAUGGUUCGUUACCACCACGACCCGCACUCUUGAGGGAAGCAAGGGCACUCGCUAAUAGACUUCCCUUACUCACGUCUCAGCAAUUCCGCACACAUUUCUAUAAUCAAUGCAAUGAUGUGGCGCUUAUGACCUACUUGGGUACGAUUACGAAGGGAUGCAACGCCAUUAACCAGCUUGUCAACCGGUUCAAUGUUCUGUACGACAGGCAGGGCAUGGGGCGCCGUAUGAGGGGAAUAUUCUUU